CUUCCUUGUAAACAGCAUGAAAAGAGGGUCCGGUGUUGGGUGAGUUGUGUUAAUGUGUCAGCUUCAAAGGCAGGACACGUCUCGAUUAGUGAUGAUAACUGGUCAAAUCAUGGAAGAGGCAAUCAUGAGACUUGAAGGUGCUGAGCACAGAGAAACCAACAACCAUUCUCUUAAGAGAAAGCCGUCAAGAACUUCCUCCACCGCUCCUGGCUCACCCGGAGGUGUAACCAUCGCAAAAUCUGCCCCUGGCGCCGCCGGCGGCGCUUCCGGUGGCACAACGAUAAGGUACCGAGGCGUGAGGCGUAGGCCAUGGGGUCGUUACGCUGCUGAAAUACGCGAUCCGAUGUCGAAGGAGAGACGAUGGCUCGGAACGUUUGACACAGCCGAGGAAGCAGCUUGCGCAUACGACUGCGCCGCUCGAGCCAUGCGUGGUCUUAAAGCUCGAACCAACUUCGUCUACCCAUUUGACUCUUACCACCACCGUCUUCUCUCGCCUCCUCCGAUGAACAUGUUCCUUCUUCGCGACGUUUUAAACUCUCAGCCUCUUUCUCCUUUCGCUUACCCACAUUACAAUCUUUCUAACGUAAGCGGCCUCCUUAACGAGUCCUUCACUAACGUUAACGAUGUCUCCGAAGAUCAUUCGCCUAAAGCGAAGAGGUCAAGUACCAUCGACAGCGACAACAUGAUAUCAAUCCUCGAACCAGAACCAGCUGGGUCUGGUCUUCUUCAAGAAGUUGUUCAAGGCUUCUUGCCAAAACCUAUCUCUCAACAAACUUCAACCCCUCCUAAGACCAACCAACCGUUUGUUGGUGUUUUCCCGACAAUGCUAGAGAACGGUUUUCAGACAGAUCUUGGUGUACCAAAUCACAUCGAUGUGGAAGGGAACGGAUUCAAUCAGGUGAAGUAUCAUGGAGAGUUGGCUUGGGCCGAUCAUGCGAGUGGGUUUGAUGCAGCUAAGAUGCAUCAGAAUGGAAAUGGCGGAAUGUUUUAUCAGUAUUGCUUUCAUGAUUAUUAGACCAUUAUUGUUGCUCUUCUUACGUUUCUUUAAGGUUAUGAGAAAUGAGGUUAUGGGUAACUAGCUCAAAAGUCAUGUGUCCUUUGUUUCUGUCUAGUUGUAUGAUCAGUUUAUCGCCCAUGAUAGAUUGUUUUUGCAAGGACAAUAUUUAUCUUUAAAUUUUACCAAAAAAUAUAUUUAUCUUUAAAAAUAAAAGUAAGAAAUUUUAUCUGAGUAUGCUUAUUGGGGUACAGUAGUGUAUGAGAACAACUAAUUGAUGGUAUAUGCAUAUGGACAUAUGUCGAGUAUGAGCAAAGUUACGAAGAGCAAGUAAAACGUAUGGGGAAAAAGACAACACCAAAAGGACAAAAGGAGAUCUCUAGAAAUUAGAUACUAUUGUCUAAUAAGUUGACUUCAGAAUUCAUAAAGACAGCCUUUGUCUUCUUGCUUUUUUCAUCUUUUCUCUCACCCUCUCAAAUCAUAGGAAGCACAUAUUUUGAUGUUUACUAUAUCGUCAAGUCGGAAGUACAUAUUUUAAAUCUGAAAAGGAUAAUUGUCUGAAUACUUGUGUUUUCUUUAGGUAAUUCAGGUAUUAGUCACAAUAAUUCAGGUAUUCAGAUAUGAAAAUAUGUAUUAUUAUUAUUAUUAUUUUUGAAAAUAUGUAUGUAUUUGGCACAACCAUACUUUAAAACUAAGUUUUGAUGUGCUUAAUUGCAUGGUACCGAGGAAAAUAUCAAGCUAAUACAACGGAGAAUUUUUCUAGUCAUAUUUGGGUUAGGAAAUCUACUUCAAAGGUGGAGAAGAGAAUCCAUU